AUGGCAAGCUCUCUUUCUUUCACACCUGUUUGUUCCUUCAAAUCCACAAACAAACCAAGGGUAUUGAUAGAUAAUUCAAUUGGUGGGAAGGUUCUUAGAGCGAAUGAAGUAUUUCAGAACUCAAAAGCUGCAAACUUUCAGUCUUGGGAGGUCAAGGCGACAGAUGGUAAUCAAACUACCAAAACAAAUAGCCUAGUCUGUUCUAAAUGUGAGGGAAAUGGUGCUAUAUCGUGUUCUCAAUGCAAAGGUACUGGAGUUAAUUCUGUAGACCACUUCAAUGGACAGUUUAAAGCUGGUGGACUAUGUUGGCUUUGCAGGGGUAAAAGGGACAUUUUGUGUGGAGAAUGCAAUGGUGCUGGGUUUUUGGGUGGCUUCAUGAGCACACAUGACUCCUAG